UGUAUGUUAGCCUACUACCACAAGGACUUUGUUAGAUACAUUGUGUUAUCUUUACACUGAAGGAAAGUUUGAGAGAGGAUUUUUUUUGGCACAGCAGAACUUAAUUCUGAAAUGACAGAACCACUUAUACCAGGGAAGGAGAUCAAAAAAGAGGAGUUUGAUUAUUUUCUCCAUAAGACUGUAUUGGAAAAUGACUGCAGGACUGAGACACAAACAUCAUCUACCAGCAGCAGAGACCGCAGAGAAGAGGAAUUCACACCAGUGGAAAUUAAAGAGGAAAAUGAUUCUGGAGAAUAUGACCACGAUGACUCCUCCUCUAGGCCUACUUUAAAGCCCAUGUCUCUGGCCCAGAUGAAGAGGGUAUCAGUGGUGCUGGUGGACUGCUGUAGACCACAAGGACAGAAAAGGACGGAUAUGCAGAUGCAGACCAAUGGAGAUGCAGAACAGCCUGAGAUCAUUGUUGAAAGGAUCGCAAAUGGGAAGAGUUUCAAGAGGGAGUCAGAUCUCAACCCACAUCAGACAACACAUACUAGGGAAAAGCCAUAUCAGUGUACUACAUCUGGGAAGGAUUUCAGAUCAAGCUCAGCUCCUACUGACCAUCAGAGAACCCAUAUUGGGGGGUGGCCACAUCUGUGUGCAGAGUGUGGAAUGAGUUUUAGAUCAAGAUCAUGGCUUACUGCCCAUCAGAGAACACAUAGUGAAGAAAAGCCAUAUAAGUGUACUACAUGUGGGAAGGGUUUCAAAAGCGGAGGAAACCUCACUAUCCAUCAGAAAACACAUACUGGAGUAAAGCCAUAUAAGUGUUCAGAUUGUGGCAAGGCUUUUACUCUGGAGUUUAACCUCAAGGCACACCUGAGGACGCAUACUGGAGAAAAGCCAUAUCCCUGUUCAUAUUGUGGAAAGACUUUUUCUCAGGUGUCUAAUCUCAAGAAACACCAGAGGAUGCAUACUGGAGAAAGGCCAUAUCACUGUUCAGAUUGUGGAAAGACUUUUGCUCAGUCUGCUCAUCUCAAGAGACACCAGCUGAUGCAUACUGGAGAAAUGCCAUAUCACUGAUCAGAUUGUGGAAAGACUUUUACUCAGGUGUUUGAUCUCAAGAAACACCAGAGAAUCCAUACUCAAUAGUCCUUUGGUAGAAAGUCUUUUAUUGUUAAAUGUCAUUAAAUGAUGAGUAAUUUCCAGGUUCAUCAGAGGAUCCAUUUAGAGGAGAGACCAUAUCUGUGUUCUCAGUUUGGAAAGACAUUUACUCAGGCGUCAUCUCUUUUAGAGACGCCAGUGGUUCAGUCUCAUGCUGUCUCUGAGGUGUCUGGCUUUCAAAGACUGUCAUUGAAAUUAAGCAGUAUGGCAGUGGCAUCAGUAAGGAUAAACUGUACCCAUGACUGUGGUUCAGCCAGCUGAGUGCCACAGAUAACGACAGCCAUGGCUAUCUCCUUUACCAAUCCCACGAUCACGAGUGGCAAAUUGCUUUUAUACAAUAGUUUACUCUAUUUUCUUACUCAACGUUGUUGAUGUUUUUAUAUGGAAUUAAUUUUAGUAUUAAAAUGUUUGGUAACACUUUACUUGAAAGUAUCGACAUAAGAGUGACAUGACACUGUCAUGAACACAUGACACU